AAGCACAUAAACACCAUAAACGCGUAGGGAUUAAUAAGACAGUCGUAUGGCUAAACUGAAAUCACCAGUCACUUUUAGUGAAAAACAGAUUUCCUAACUGGGGAAUUUUCGUCAGUAUGGUUUGCGAUUCUGUUUCUUUCGUAGUGCAGUUUGGUGUCCCUCCCCUAGUUUCCUGGUUUGGUGUAAACAUCAAAACUUAACCUUAAAACCUAAAACCUCAAAACUAAAGCGCCAAAAUAACGUUAGUAGUGAUAAGUUGUAGAUAGUGAUAAGAAUUGGCAAACGCUUUACUAACUUCAGCGAUGUUACUAUGUCUGAUGCAUCGUGUAAUCGUUAUCUUCCUAAAAAGCUGAAUCAAACAAAAAUCAGCUCGUAUUUCACAGAAUGCAUUAAGACGCUACCUGUAGAAUCAGCAAAACGGUCGCCUAGUAAGGGCAAAAGGAACCUUCGAAGUCGUAGGAAACUGGUGUUUUCUAGUUCAUCAAGUGCAGACACAGAGAAAAGCAGAGAAAUUAACAGAAAAUAUUUACCCACAAAGUUGUCAGACGAUAUGUCAUCACUUAUAGCUGAAAUUCCAAAAAGAAAAUUACCUGCCCCAAUAUUUUCAGAUGACGAAGAUUCCGAAAAUGAUCAGGGUACUUUAAACUCGCCAAAGAAAAGAGGAGGCGAUGACGUCACUACAAAACAGUCAAACAGUGUACUAAUUUCUCUGAACAAACCGGGUCCUAGUAAAUCCCCUCGAAAAAAAUUUGCAAGUUCAACUCCCCUAAGGUCAUCAAAUUUAUUAACGUCAUCUUUUAAUGAGAAUUUGGAUGUAGGAGCUGCAUGUAGUGUUGCUACCACAAGUGAAAGUAUUUCUUUGAACAAACCGGGUCCUAGUAAAUCCCCUAGAAAAAAAUUUGCAAGUUCAACUCCCCUAAGGUCGUCAAAUUUGUUAACGUCAUCUUUUAACGAGAAUUUGGAUGUAGGAGCUUCAUGUAGUGUCGCUACCACAAGUGAAGAUGCUUCUGUUAACGAAAGUCCAAAAGCAGUCCGUGCAGUAAAAAAUGUUGACGGAAGUCCGAAAGCAGUUCGCGUACUACAAAAUGUUGUCAUACAAUCUCCAAAAAAAUCCCCACAAAAAGAACCGGUUAAAGAUGAAACAAAAAAACUGAAUUAUGAACAACUAAAAGUAUUCAGAGAAUUUUUUGUUAAUAUUUUAAAACAGAACCACUUGUUGACUUUACUGAGUUCUAGCGAUCAACAAUUGUUACAUAAAUUUUUUAACAUAGAGAAGAAUUAUCAAUAUCUUUGCAUAAAAUUAUUUCUUUGGAAGCCCAUUUGGUAUAAUAUUUUUAAAUAUGUCGAAAAAAUUGGUCUCACGAUGAGUGAUUCAGAAGUCACUGUGAUGUAUGAUUAUUUAAAAGAUAAUGGUUUUGUUGAGAUAGAUUAUAUGAGAGAAGAUUUAUUUACUUUGUUGGAUUUGUUAAGUUUGAAAGAUUUAAGAGAUAUAGGACGUAGUUUUAAAUUUCCAAAUGUUAGUGGUCCCAAAGAUAUCAUAGUAGCUAAAUUAAUAAAAAACACGAAAACUCAAAUAACAUUGACAUCCAACAUGAAUGCAGAGGAUAUUUUGAGAAAACGAAUUAAAGAAAGAAUGGGGUUUUGUGUGAAGUUGUCAACCAAUCUUAAUAAGUGCUUAUACUUUGUCUAUCUUUUAAAUACGUUUAGCAAUUCUUCACUCAGUGACCCUCACGACUACUUCAAAGAUGUUAGUUUUUUUAAUAUCGUUUUUCCUACGUAUAAUAUUGAAAACUUUCAUAUUUUUUAUACACCACAAGAAUUUGCACGAUUUGCUGAUGCCGUGAAGUUACGUAGUGAAUUAGAAAAAGUUGUGGAAAAACGUACACUAAAUCACAUUUUCGAAAUAUGCAGGUGUGGGUACAACAGGUUGAAAGAACUCAAUGAAGAGUUUGGAACUUCGUUUGAUGUUUCCAAUAGGCCACCGCAUCUGGAACGUUUUACUCCAAAUGCCCAGUACAUUUACAUUUUAUCAAGCGGUUCUAAACACAUAACGACGACUUACUUUAGUCACGUUGUGCAGUGGUAUGAAUAUCUGAUAUCGCAGAAUUACUGUGUACAUAAACGGGGCGAGUGGUAUGAGCAUUUAGCGUUGGUGUACACCAUGUAUGUCAAAGAUUAUGAGAGGGCUGCCAAAUUAAUAAUCAAAGCGUUUACAGAAGACAGAGAUCAUUUGUCUGACAUUCAGUUACAAGAACUUUUACACAGAGGAAAAAUGCUUAACCGAAAAACCUAUAAUUUGCCACCUUUAUACCAUGAUGAAAUCGUCUCUUUAUCUCCCCCAUCAUGUGACCGCGUUUGGCCUCAGGAUGUCAUAGAUUGUAAAUCUAUGACUAGUCAGGAACCAGGACGUAGAAGAAUGUACGCCCAUCAAUGCGAAAAUGGAGAUGUGAAUUAUCUGACUGUUGAACAGACGGCCCUUCAGUAUUAUCGCACUGUAGGAUUUCCAGAUGGCGAACACUGUGAAGGAAAUUUGAUCAUUGCCUCAUUUUGUCUGUUAUUUUGGGACAUAAUUUAUGAAGAUUAUGUUAAAGGAACAUUUGUUUCUAAAGUACAAAGUGCACCGCUGGAUAUGUAUUCCAGUCAUUUUUAUAAAAACCGAGAACGUAGAAUUAAAAGGCGUUUAAGUGACAUUGAGCAUAAAUGGACGGAAGAAAUUUUUAGGAGAAGACUAUUUGAUAGAUGGACUCUUCAUUCUCACGAAACUUCACUGUGUUCAUUGGAUGCAGUUGUGGAUAAACCUGAACGUCUUUACAAUGCAAUUACGUGCAUUGGGAGGGAUGUUCUGGGAAAAAUUUUUGAAAGGCUUGUGAAGAAUUUUAAAUAUUAUCGUAGCGGUUUUCCAGAUUUGAUCGUGUGGAACUUGCCAGAGAAAAAGGCGAAAUUUGUGGAAGUAAAAAGCGAAAAUGACAAACUUUCUAUUAAACAGAAACUAUGGCUUAAUUAUUUGAUCGAAAUAGGGGCAAAUGCGGCUGUAUGUCAUGUAGAACCAAAGUCAUCCAAAAAGAAGAAUCGUACAACUGGGAACAACUCAUAAAUGUGAUGCAAUGAAUGUGCCAUUUUAAUAAAAUUUAGUAUAGAGAACUAUUUUUAUAUACCUAGUUUAUGCAUUGACAGUUUAUUAUGUAUGUUUUUUCUUUGAAUUUUUUUUCUGUUUUUUUUUAUCAAAUUAUUAUAAAUUUAUAAAUCCCUCAUUUUCGGGACAAUUAAUUUUUAAAAAGA